AUGGCUCUCUCUUCCCUCAACUUCUCUUUUCUAUUCUUCCUCCUAUUCACUCCUUCAAUUUUAUCAUACUCGUCUCCGUUUUUUCUAAACCCUAAUCAAAUCUCCGCAGCAAGUUUCUGCAAGAACACACCAUAUCCAGACGCAUGUUUCCACUCAUUAAAACUCUCCCUCUCCAUCAACAUAAGUCCCAACAUUCUCUCUUUCCUCCUUCAAACACUCAAAACAGCUCUUUCCGAAGCUGGAAAACUCACGGAUCUCCUCUCUGGCGCCGGAAUUUCCAACAACCUCAUCGAGGGACAACGUGGCUCUCUUCAAGACUGCAAAGAUCUUCACCAUAUCACUUCUUCCUUCUUGAAACGAUCACUCACCAAGAUUCAAGACGGUGUGAAUGAUUCGCGGAAGGUAGCCGACGCUAGAGCUUAUCUUAGCGCCGCUCUCACAAACAAGAACACCUGCUUGGAAGGUCUUCAAUCAGCCACUGGUCCACUACAGCCAAAGCUCGUGAUCUCCUUCAUAACCACUUACAAACACAUAAGCAACUCUCUCUCUGCUCUUCCGAAAAGGAGAAAAGCCAACGGUGGCAACAAGACUAAGAACCGCCGGUUACUUGGGUUAGUUCCCGAUUGGGUCUCUCAAAAAGAUCGCCGGUUUUUAGAAGAUUCCAGUGAUGGGUAUGAUGAGUACGAUCCGAGUGAGAUCCUCACUGUAGCAGCUGAUGGAACAGGGAAUUUUACAACCAUUAAUGAUGCUAUAAGCUUUGCUCCGAGUAUGAGCAACGAUAGGGUGCUAAUAUAUGUAAGAGAAGGCGAGUAUAACGAAAACUUAGAUAUUCCUAGUUACAAGACUAAUAUUGUUCUUAUCGGAGAUGGGUCUGAUCUUACAUUUGUUACCGGUAAUCGAAGCGUUGGAGAUGGAUGGACCACUUUCCGAUCUGCUACUCUUGCUGUUUCUGGGGAAGGAUUCCUCGCGAGGGAUAUAACAGUAAUGAACACAGCAGGACCCGAGAAGCACCAAGCGGUUGCAUUACGAGUGAACGCGGAUUUCGUGGCCUUAUACCGAUGUGUCGUUGACGGUUACCAGGACACACUUUACACUCACUCCUUCCGACAGUUCUACCGUGAAUGCGACAUAUAUGGAACCAUCGAUUAUAUCUUUGGGAACGCGGCCGUGGUCUUCCAAGGCUGCAACAUUGUUUCAAAGCUGCCUAUGCCGGGACAAUUCACUGUUGUUACGGCUCAAGCAAGGGAUAGUCCAGACGAAGACACCGGGAUCUCGAUGCAGAAUUGCUCCAUCCUUGCAACGGAAGAAUUAUUUAACAAUUCGAACAGAGUCAAGAGUUAUUUGGGACGUCCAUGGAGAGGAUAUUCGAGAACAGUUGUAAUGGAAUCUUUUAUUGAUUGGUUUAUUGAUGGUUCAGGUUGGUCCAAAUGGUCCGAUGGCGAGGGACUUGAUACUCUUUAUUAUGGCGAGUACAAUAAUAAUGGGCCGGGUUCUGAAACGGGUAAGCGGAUCAACUGGUCGGGUUAUCACAUUAUGAGUUAUGAAGAUGCGUUUAACUUCACGGCAACGGAGUUUAUAACCGGCGAUGGUUGGUUAGGCAGUACUUCAUUCCCUUAUGACAAUGGAAUUUGA